AUGGUGUCUUCUGGACUUUUGAGGAUCCUGGUGAUAUCCAUCCUUCUAGAGAAUGUCCAAGGGUUUAGUCUGGCUGACUUGCUCUCUCCAAAGAGAUGCCCCAGAAUCCGAGAGGAAUGCCAAUUCAAAGAAAGGGAUGAGUGCUCGAAGAACAAAACCUGUCCGGACAAGAAGAAGUGCUGUGUCUUCAGCUGUGGGAAAAAAUGUUUAGACCUCCAACAAGAUAUAUGCAGUCUGCCGCAAGAUCCUGGUGUCUGCCUGGCCUAUUUUCAUCGCUGGUGGUAUAAUAAGGAAAAUGAUACCUGUUCCAUCUUCAUCUAUGGUGGCUGCCAAGGAAACAGAAACAACUUCCAAACCAAAGAUCUGUGUCAGAAUUUUUGCUCCAAAAAACGCUUCUAA